GACGUCAUUGGUCAUUACAGGUUAGAGGUUAUUAAAUUAUCAAAUCACAACAAAUGGUUAUUGCUAGCUUAAUAUAAGUUGAAAAUUAUGUUAUAAGGAUCUAAAAGUACAUUUUUCUUGUUGUGUUUUCGUAAUAUAUCUAUAUAUAAUGUGUAACGGUUGUUGUGGAUAUUUUAGUGCCUUUAAGCCACGAUAUAAACGCUUAGUGGAUAAUAUCUUUCCAGUUAACCCUCAGGAUGGUCUCGUUAAGAGUAAUAUGGAAAAACUUACAUUUUAUUCUCUUAGUUCACCUGAAAAAUUGGACAGAAUUGGGGAAUAUCUAUACCAGAGAGCGGCUAGAGAUAGUUAUAGAAGAAGGAACGGUUUUGUGAUAAUUGCAAUGGAAGCUAUGGAUUUGCUAUUGGUAGCGUGUCAUGCCCAAACAUUGAAUUUAUUUGUGGAGAGCUUUUUAAAAAUGGUGCAAAGAUUAUUAGAAUCUACAGACCCAGAACUUCAAAUACUUGCAACUCAAUCGUUUGUUAAAUUUGCAAACAUAGAAGAAGAUACUCCAUCCUAUCACAGGCGUUACGAUUUCUUCGUAAGCAAGUUUUCAGCAAUGUGUCAUAGUGGAGAUAGCAAAGAAAUUCGUGAUAAAAUAAGAAUCGCCGGGAUUAAAGGUUUACAAGCUGUAGUGAGAAAAACAGUGUCGGAUGAUUUGGUUGAAAAUAUUUGGGAGCCUAUUCAUAUGGAUAAAAUUGUUCCCAGUCUCUUAUUCAACAUGCAGGAUUCAAGUUUUCAUAAAGAUCCACCGAAUAGUGAUACUGUCCCAGAAGAUACAAUAGAUCCACCUAUGUUAGCAGAAACAUGCAUGCGAGAAUUAGUUGGAAGGGCUUCAUUUGGUCAUAUUAGAGCAGUGUUGAAACCUGUAUUAAGGCACUUUGAUAAUCAUAAAUUAUGGGUACCUAACGAAUUUGCGAUACACACGUUUAGAAUUAUUAUGUUUUCGAUUCAGGCUCAGUAUUCAUAUACUGUAGUGGAAACUUUGAUGGCACAUUUAGAUGAAAAUGCGAAGUCCAGUCCAACUAUUCGUACAAGCAUCGCCGAAGUACUUUCUAAAAUUAUAGCUAUAGCUGCAGGUGAAAGUGUUGGACCUUCUGUCUUAGAAAUUAUUAACUCUUUAUUAAACCACCUAAGAGAUUCUGUGAGACAUGAAACUAGCCAGUCAGAGGAAAAACAAUAUCAGGAAGCUUUAAUCAAUGCUCUUGGUGAAUUUGCAAACCAUCUACCAGAUUACCAAAAAAUUGAAAUAAUGAUGUUUAUUAUGAGUAAAAUUCCGUUCCCGCUUGUUGAUAAUCAGACUCCUGCCGAUAAUAUGUUGCAAAGCAUUUUACUCAAGAGUUUACUAAAGGUCGGAACUAAAUACCAAACAAUACAUUUGAAUACUACAUUUCCAGUAUCAUUUUUGGAACCUCUUUUACGUAUGUCUUUAGCACCAGAUCCAGAGAUGAGACUAUUGGUACAGAAAAUAUUGCAUACUCUUGUUGAUAGACACAACAAUUUGGAUAAGUUAAAUAAGCCCGUCUUAUCCGUAUUGGACUUGGAUCUUAUUGUUGAAAAGUCUUCAAGACCUGAUUUAAUUUUUAUAAAUAAACAUGGACCUAUCAUAUAUGACGCGUUAUAUACAAGUCUACAAAUGGAAACAAAUACUCCAGACAAUAUUGAAGCUAUUUAUACAACGUUGGCAUUGUUAUGUGUUGAGCUAGCGAGUACAGAAACAGUUAUUGACAUUCUGCAGUUACUUCUUGGAAUUCAGAGUUUAUCUCUUAGCUCAACAACACUUUCAAAUGCCCAAAAAUUCAAUUUACACGCCCUGGUAAUAAGUUUGUUGGUUCUUAUCCCAGAUGUUAUUAGUAUACAGCCUUUAGCUGAUUAUGCACUUAAAUUAAUUGAAGCUAGAAGAGAAGAAGCUCCUCAUUUGUUACCUGAUAUGUUAUCUCAUUAUCCGUCAGAAUGUGAAUCUGCCAGCAAGUUACCUCACCUAUUAGUAGAUCAAAUGGCAAUUUGUGAUUACUUGAAGUCAUCUGGUAUAGAUUCAUCUAGAUUGUCCCAGACAUCGCCAUAUGGUGCUGGUGGUCCAGGAAUUAUUGUUGGAAGUCAGCGACAUAGUUGGAUGGAACCUAAUCCAAGAGGAAGUAUUAUUGAAAUUCCAUCUGCCCAUGAAGUUGACAGUGCAGCUAGUUCACCUGGUGUCACAAGGAAAAUGCCCGAAGAGGAACUAACUUUUGAAAGUAUGAAGAAAGUAUUAACUGAGCCACCAGAGAUCAGGAAGGAAGCAGAAGCAGAGAGGAGAAAACAAAUCAGUCAUACUUUUAGAACUGCUACUUUUUCAGAAUUGGUCAGGAGAACUCAACCUAAGCAUGACAUUCUACAAAAUAAACUGAACGAAAUCUUCAAGUCACUGAGUACGAGCGAUGGAAAUAUCAGUCCAUCAGGGGAUAUACAAAAAAGCGCUCAGCCAACAUAUGAACAAAACUUUCCAGAGUUGUUCUAUUACUAACUGUUAAAUUUAGAUAAACAUUUAAAUAGCUAGUUGCGAAGGUUACUUAUAUUAAUGUCGUGGUUUAACUCAUAUUAAUUUAUUUUAAAUUGACAAAAUAUUGAUAUUAGUGGAGUAGGUCUAUUAUUGUGACUAAUCAUUUUUUUAUUAACAUUUUCUUAUGUACAUUGUAUAAGGUCGUUUGGCUGUCGUUAUGUAUUAUUCAAAAAUUCUAAAAUAUUGUUAAAAUUUAGAACAUAUAAGUAGUAAAAGAAUUAUAGUUCUAAAUAAAUGUUAAAUAAUUAUUGUUCAAUAUUUAAACACCAGAAAGGGGAUUAGGAAUAAGUUUCUUCAUAUACUGUUUGCAUGUUAAAAUUUAUUUAACUACAUUUUGUGAAAAAAAUAAUAUUUUACAUGUACACUAAGCAAUUUCUUGUGAUAUUUAUAUAUUUUGUUUUGAUUAUAAUAUAUUCUGAAUGGAU